UGUCGUGCUCUCAAGAACAGAGGUUGUUCGUUGUAGCGCUAUUUCCUUUUUGCUGCACUAGCACGAGAAAGCGAGGAUCUGCGUCGAGAACAACAUGCCGGGUCCCGAAAACUUCGACGGUGACACCUUCGCGAAGCAGAAGGCUGGGCUCAACAAGGUGAAGCCCGCCGCGGGGGGUGCUACCGGGCCGGAUCAAGCCAUGUUGAAGGUAAUUAGACAUACUUGGACUUUUUGAAUUUGAUUGAAAAGGCACCGUUUUUCACUGUAUGAAUGAAUCUUCACGAUCAUCAUCAUGUGCAAUGAUAGUGAAUCACUGUCGACAGAAGUAUAUUGAUACCCUACAUGGAUUUUCAGCCCCUGAUGGAUUUGUACACGAAGCAGAAGGGAUAUGGAAGUGUCAGAAUCGAAAUUGACAAAAUCGAAAAAUUUGUGAUGCACAAAAUCGAUACCAGUUGAAGCCUCAGCUUUCAAGUGGCGCAUGACAAAUUUCGGGAGCACCAAAAUCCAGUUUGUCAUGCUGUUUGGGCAAAGAAGACUGCUCCUGUCAUGCUACGCUGGCAGCGCAUUGCAUACCCCUCAACACGCUUACAAUCGGUCUCAUUUGCCUGCUCCCCAUUACAGGCGUUCAGUGCCCUACAUUUUACGCAUCACAAAUUUUUCGAUUUUGUCGAUUUCGAUCCUGACACAUCCAUAAGGGAGAUUUGGCUGCGCUGGCCAAGGAGACCAAGUCUUCCGAAGCUCUCAUGAAGAAGAAGCCGGUAUCAAAAUGCAAAUGCCCCGUCCCCUCCCCCAACGGCCACAUGUUUGUAUUGCGAAAUUUCCAAAACGGAAGGUUUUUGUCUUGCAUGACUCUCGUCCGCGGGAGACUCUAGGCCUGCGUAGCAUCUCUUAAGACAAGAGCAGAAUCCCCCCUCUUACUGGAUAGGAUUUUUUUGCAACACAAACUUUCGCCAUGCUGCAUCAACAAUUUGCUUUGGUAGGAUCACAAGCAUGAGCGGGAAUGUCUCCUUUGGAAAGAAUGGCAACACAAAUACUCCGUCCGAGGCUUGGGGUCGGGGCGUUUCUCACUAUGAUAUCCGCCGAAGGACGCCAAGGAUUUCGCAGUCAAGAUGCUGGAGGGCGCGUACGCAUUGGCUUGAGCGGGAGAAUAUUUUUCAGCCGGAUGUUGAGUCGUGAACAUGAUGAAUCAACACAAAUGUGCUGGCUCACAAAACAUUGACCGGCAGGCCGCGCAGUUUUUUUGGAGGGGAGACGAAGUUCUUAAUUCUAAGUGGUCGCUGAACUACCUAAUUAUAUAUAAAUUAUCCAGGCGAUAGUGAUAGUACAAAACAAAAAUUUUUCCUUGUGGUUUUCUCUCUUUGCUCGUUUUUUUUUGGUUGGGCCAAGGAUGCGAUUAGAGUUGUGACAACGACGACGCGGCGCUAACUUACUUCGAAAUAAAUAGAUUUCGGCCCUGACGCGCGACGUACUAUGGUUGGUUUUUGCUUACGAAUGUCUUUCUUGUAAGGCAAUCCGUCUCAAACUCAACUUUUUUGCGCAAUUUUUUGCUCUACCAGCAAAAAGAGCAGAGAAACUAUAAUUUAUAGCGUUGUCAAAAUAUCCAUUUUUUUCCGGUCUUGAAGUUUCCGGACGACGACGAGAUAAAAUAUGUCAGUCUUGCUUCGUACUAUACUAGAAUCAUCAAUAGUUUUUCAUCCCGACUUCAUCUUCGGGGGAAGACUACACACGCUGGAGCUUUUGAGAAUCUAAAGUAUCUGACGAGGAAGACCAGAUCAGAAAAAAGAAUGCCUCAGCAUCUAGUUCGCAUGUCCACUUCGUAGCUGCCGCUUGUUCGUGUUUCUGGAUAAAGGCAUUUCGUUGGACGCAAAACGCGAGCAUAAGCCCGACUUCAGAAGUCGUUGAUAAUCUUUAGAAGAAGCCAUUAGAUUUUCGUGCCAGGAGAUGACAAGCAACACAAGAUCUUCGUGGGUCAUUUGAAAUUCGUUCACCAUCAGGAACCGACCCGUUGCUCUCGUCGCUGGUCUUUCCUACUUCGUGCUGCAAGUGCAAACUAAUAGUAAUAAAUAUCGCUCGUCGUUGUA